AUGGGAAAUGUCCAGUCUCUCUCACCCAGCUAUCAGAGGGUGGCCGGAGAUGGGCCGGGCAGUGUGGGCCAUGACACGGCUGUUCAGAAUAGCAGGAACGCCAAAGGCAAGAACCUGAAGCACUGCUCGAUCAUCAACAUGAAGCGGAAGAAGGGUUCCAAGAAGGUGCAGCCCAACGGAAACAAUGAGAACAAUGUGACCCACCUCAACAACAAAAACUUGGAUAAGUCUCAGUCCUGCACCAACCUGUCCACCCUCACCCAGGACCAGAGUACUCCAGACCUCACCAAGAGCUCCAAAAACGUCCUCGCCAACUCCAACGUGGCCCCUGACAUGCCCAAGAGGGUGAUGGUCCAGGCCUCAACUGGUGAACUGCUGCACUGCCUGGGUGAGUACCUGUGUCGGCACUGCUACCGACUCCAGAAUCUGUCCCCCAACGACCCAGGGCUGUGGCUGCAGAGCGUAGACCGCUUCCUGCUCAACCACGGCUGGGGGAACCAGAGCAUCCUCACCCCAGCCAAUGUGGUGUUUGUCUACAUGCUGUGCCGCAAGGUGGUCUCCUCCGAGGCAGCCACCGAACACCAGCUGCAGGCCGUGGUGAUCACCAGCCUCUACCUGACCUGCUCCUACAUGGGAAACGUGGUGAUCACCAGCCUCUACCUGACCUGCUCCUACAUGGGAAACGUGGUGAUCACCAGCCUCUACCUGACCUGCUCCUACAUGGGAAACGUGGUGAUCACCAGCCUCUACCUGACCUGCUCCUACAUGGGAAACGUGGUGAUCACCAGCCUCUACCUGACCUGCUCCUACAUGGGAAACGUGGUGAUCACCAGCCUCUACCUGACCUGCUCCUACAUGGGAAACGUGGUGAUCACCAGCCUCUACCUGACCUGCUCCUACAUGGGAAACGUGGUGAUCACCAGCCUCUACCUGACCUGCUCCUACAUGGGAAACGUGGUGAUCACCAGCCUCUACCUGACCUGCUCCUACAUGGGAAACGUGGUGAUCACCAGCCUCUACCUGACCUGCUCCUACAUGGGAAACGUGGUGAUCACCAGCCUCUACCUGACCUGCUCCUACAUGGGAAACAAGACCUCCCCACUCAGACCCUUCCUGGUGGAGAGCUCCAGGGACAUCUUCUGGGAGAGCUGCCUGUCUAUCAUCAACCUGAUGAGUGGCAACAUGCCCCAGAUGAGCACGGACCAGCACUAUUUCUUCCAGCUGUUUGCCAACCAAAAGAACGAAAGCCAGGAGGAGAGGAGCCGCUUGCUCAUCGGUCUGGACCAGUGA